CGUGACCUGGCAACCGAGCGAAAACCCACGGACGCUUCAUCCCACUGACACCGCCAGCGAGCAGGGCAAAGGACCCGAGUGAAAAUAACCGGGUUCACAAACCAUCAUAUUCGGCGACACGUUGGCAAGCGGCCAGGCACCUCGCUGAAACCCCCCGUCUUUAUUUAAAGCGGACCCCGACACACGAACUGGCAGAAAAAAUGUCGAUGAGGACCCUGCCGCUGCUUUUUAUUAAUCUCGGAGGGGAAAUGCUCUAUAUCCUGGAUCAGCGGCUGCGAGCCCAGAAUAUCCCCGCUGAUAAAGCCAAGAAAGCUGAUUGGACAGAUGGAGACAGGAAAAGAGUUAUGAAUGACAUCAUCACUACCAUGUUCAAUAAGAAGUUUAUGGAGGAACUGUUCAAACCCCAGGAGCUCUACUCAAAGAAAGCCCUGCGGACUGUGUUUGACCGGCUAGCUCACGCCUCUAUUAUGAGACUAAACCAGGCUAGCAUGGACAAGCUUUAUGAUCUAAUGACCAUGGCUUUCAAGUACCAAGUACUGCUUUGCCCAAGGCCCAAAGAUAUACUCUUAGUCUCCUUCAACCACAUGGAUGCUAUCAAGGAAUUUAUCAGAGAUUCUCCAAGCAUUCUCAACCAGGUGGAUGAGACUUUUCGACAGCUCAUAGAGAUGUACAGCUGCCUUCCAGCUGGUGAAUUUCAACUAGUCAGACAAACCCUGCUCAUAUUCUUUCAGGACAUGCACAUCAGGGUGUCCAUUUUUCUAAAAGACAAAGUACAGAAUUCCAAUGGCCGGUUUGUGCUGCCUACAUCCGGGCCUGUUCCUUGGGGAACUGAACUUCCAGGGCUCAUCAGAAUAUUCAAUGGCAGUGGUGAAGAAGUGAAAAGCUUAGAGUUCCCUAGCGGAGGAAAUUAUACAAGUCCUCUGCGGGAAGGAUCUUUUGACCUUUAUGGUGAAAGAGUAAUUAAACUGGGCACCAACAUGUAUAGUGUAAGCCGCCCUGUGGAAACACACAUGUCAGGAACAUCCAAAAGCUCUGUGUCGCACACCAAGGAAAAUGCUGCCCCUAAUCCUCUUGCAAAAGAAGAGCUGAACCUGCUGGCCAGAUUAAUGGGAGGUCUGGAAGUCAAGAAGCCUGCAAAUACUGAUGGAGGGUUUCGGGUCAACUUGUUCACAACAGACGAGGAAGAAGAGGAAGCUUUGAUAUCAAGGCCUCCAGAACUUUCAUACCAGGUUAUAAACAUACAAGCUACAAAGGACCAGCAUGCAAACGCAGAGCUGGCUCGUAUCAUGGGGGAGUUCACGGAAGAGCCAGGACCGGCCCAGAGCCCGGGCAGCAAGGGGGACAACCUGCUGGCCAUGAUGGAUGGCCUGUGACAUUUCCCGGAGGCUGCUGGGACAGGAAGACUAGAGGGAUCUUGCAAUCACCAAACUUUUAUUUUCACUGUGCAGACAUGACUUGCUGCUAGCCUGGUACCAAAAAUGUGAAGAAGUCAUUCAGACUACGAGUAUAAGGGUGUUUCGUUCGUCCUUUUCAUAAUAGAAUUUUUUUUGUACUCUCGUGGGAAAGGUGACGGGGGGAGAAAGAGUAGUGUGCAGGAGUUGUAAGAUGAAACCCAGCAACCAUGAGCCACUUGAAACAAAUAUUCAGCCCCUCUCGGUGUGGUUUCCAGGAAGGGGUUGAGAUGUUCCCUGAUUGGAUAAAUCAGUUCACUUUGGGGAAGACUCCGAUUCACACGGUGAGAGACGUAGGAGCGUGCCAGUUUCAGUUUAGAUUGUCAAGUCUUUUGUUUAUUUAAAAUGGUUUCACUCAGUAGCGUAGAUCAGAGUAUUCUGACUAACGAGACCCGGGAAAGCCAGUCCAUGAACCCUUUUGACUGGUUUUGGUGAACAUUGAAAACGAAUCAGCAUGUCGUGCAGCUGUAUAUCCAACUGCUGUGGUUCACGUCAGGGUCAGGAAAGUUUUCAAGAGCUAUAAAACAAUAAGUAGCAACAUAUGUAAUAAAACCAAUAGAAAAUAGAAACUACGGAACUUGUUAUUCCGUAAAAUUAACUCCAUUAUAAGCCUUUUCCUACUGGCGAACACAUAUGAAUGUAAGUAAUUACAAAUGUAGAUACUGUAUUUAGAACUUUGUAAGACACUGUGCCGUCUCAACUUUGUUGCAGGCUGAAUCCAUCUGUACAGUUUAAUAAAACUUUGCCUUCUUUUCCA